AUGGUCUCUGCAUCCAGGCUGAUCCCGCGCGACGUCGGACUCGGUCACUUUGCAGACGACGACCCCGAGAACCACGACUGCCGCUCGCUCAUCGACCCCUCCGUCGUCAAGAUGUGCAAGGGCGACCUCAUCACCAUGGCGUGCAUCACCGUCUGGUUCUGCUUCGUCGUCUGGUUCUGGUUCGCCGGCUACAAGCGUUUCAAGGCCUUCUACCACGCCCGCCUCGCGCACCGCGUCCCCUCCUGCGCCUCCAUCAGGAAGAAGAAUGCCUCGCCCCACGUCAACACCGCCCGUCCCGCUUUCAAGCCGUACUGGCUCCUCGGCUCGCGCCCGCAGACCCCCGCCACCGGCGACGCAGAGAAAGCACCAGUCCCCGCCGCGCCCCCGCCGGACCCCUACUUCGUCGUCCCGCGCCGCCUCUCCGGCUCCCUCAUCUCCCCCACCCGCCCGCCCACCUCGCCCCCGCGCGCCUACCGCCUCGCCUCGCGCUACAGCCCCCACUCCGACUCCCCCACCCACAAUCGCCGCUCCGCCGCCUCUUCCUGUCUGGGGCUCGGCUUCGGCGAGGACGUGCCCCUCCCCGCGCCCGCCCUCCAGCGCCCCAGCAGGGCGCCCCCGCAGCUCGAGGACGUGUACAUCCGCGACGGGCUGGGCAGCAUGUGGCCGCUCGCUUUGGAUCUGGAGCCUCAGCCGCUGGCGGGGCCGUGUGCGACGUCCACGCCGAAGAAGGGCCGGCGGGGCAGUGGGGUCCCCGCGCUUCCCGGGAGCCCUAGUAAGAAGGAGGGCUGGGUGAUGAUCGAGACUGUGUAGUGGGUGUGCUGGGUGUUUCCCUCUUCUUCGCACUACAUCUCCCAUGGUCUGUUUGAUUUUACUGUUCCCCCUUUCCCGACACCCUGUAACCUCGGCCUCACCUUUGUAUACCAUACUCCAUGUAUCACUUGUACGAUCCCAGUGCUUCAUACCCACGUCUUUCACGCAUUCCACCCGCACGCAAUACCGCGCAAAGCCGAUC